GUCUCUGCAGAUGACCACCUUGCUGAUUCUGAAUUUGAGCCCACCCAGAUGGAGGGGAGGAGCUUAGCCGACCCAAAAGUUAAACUGAAGAGGAAGUUUAGUUUGGGCUCCAUAGACAGGAAGGGGAUGCAUCAGAGAAGGAGUGAAUCUGGGAUUGUGAAGUUUACCCAGCGACUUUCUUUGAAGGACAAACACUUGAAGGAUGACAGGAGCCUGCAGUCUAGACCCCCGGCCUACAGGAGGCGCUCUCUCAGCGUCGACUGGGCCAAAUCCAAAAUGACUCAACAGAUCCCUGAGCCUCAUCCUCUGAUCCCACGCAAGUAUUCCAGUGCGUCAUGUUCGUCUCCUCCAAGCGCGGCGCGACGCCUCUACAGAAACCUGUCUGGAAAGUUCCGCACGGUGAACCUGCUUCAGGAUGAUACGCCACUUAUGGGCCAGUCGGUCAAGGAUCAAUCGCACAAAAACACUAUGUUUCAGGGUAAUGAGGCUCUGUUUGAAGCUGUUGAGCAUCAGGAGCUCGAUGUGGUGGAGUCUCUGUUGAACACCUUCAGUUUGGAGGAGUUGGAUUUAAACACACCCAACAGUGAAGGUCUGCUGCCCCUCGACAUCGCCAUCAUGACCAACAACGUUCCCAUGGCCAAACUUCUGCUGAGGGCUGGUGCCAAAGAAAGCCCCCACUUUUUAAGUCUUGAAGGCAGAGCUGCUCACCUGGUCUCGCUGGUGCAAGAGGCAGAGCAUCGCAUAGCUGAGCUGGUCGCCCAGGUGACGGGGGAGGAACCAGUGGAGAGGGAGGAGUCAAAUAGAGAGAGACAGCUAAAGGCAUGGGAAUGGAAGCUCCGCCUCUACAAGCGCAUGCAGAUGGGUUAUACACACGCCAGUCCUCCCGAGCCGCCCAGCGUAGUCCAUCUCUCCGUCAGCAGUAACACCAGUCUCAGAGUCCACUUCCAAGAGCCACUAUGUCACAAUUCUGCUGUUAUUACCAAAUACCGUGUGGGUUGGAGCAGCGUUCCUUCAUUCAGCCCGUUACUGGGUGAGAUGACCAUUGAAGACGUGACUCAACUUCAGUAUGACAUAAUUGGACUUACAGCGGGCACCUGUUAUUAUGUCCAGGUAUCAGCAUAUAACAUGAAGGGUUGGAGUUCACCUCAAACAUCUGAACCUGCAUGUUCCACACCCUCGAGCUGGAGGGAUGUGGACAGGCUGUCACCUCGCCAGCAGGGCGUGAAUGAGGCAUUAGAGCUUCUCCUGGGGCAUAUUAAAGGGGCACAUCGUCACUGUACAUGCCACGAACAGUGCAAAGCCCCGCCAAACAGGAAACACUCAGUGUCUAAAAGCCUCAGGCAUCUCUUCCAGCCAACUUGCAAAUUUGUCAAAAAUCUGAAAAGAGGUCUGUAUCUGGCCUGUGUUUUCUACAAAGAUGAGAAUAUUCUGCUCACUCCAGAAGACCAGUUGCCUGUCGUGGAAGUGGACGAUUCUUACAGCUGUCAUGCACAGGAUUUCCUCUGGUUUACAAAGGUGUCACAUCUCUGGGAGGAGCUCAGCUGGAUGCAGCAGUGCAUCAGUCCCGCACACGCCUCCAGUUCCUGCACGCUUCAGACGCGACUCAAACUGCUUCAAGCUGCUGCACAACUACAGGCACUUCUCGGCACGGUGGAUCUGGGUCAGGUGUAUUUUGAGCCGAUCAAAGAUAAGCAUGGUAAUGCAUUGUUGGUGUUGAUGAGAGACAUGAGCUCGUGUGCGCAGCUGGAAGGCAUUCGCUGGAUUCCCGUCAGUAAAUUCCAGCUGCAACGCAGGUCUUCCUCAUCUUCAUCAGAAGAGCCCACCGCACUGGAGACCCUGCUCACCACACUGCACGAGAAACUGUCAUAUCACCGACGCAGCAGGAAGUGUUUGUCCGCCGGUCUGUAUCUGGGUUACCUGAAGCUGUACACCUCAGUAGACCAGAUCAGAGUGCUCGUGUCACAUAAACAUCCGAAUGUGCUGUGCCACACCAAAAUACGAGACAACGGCCACGUCUCCAGGGAGGAAUGGCAGUGGCUUCAAUCAUUAACCUCGCUCGAGGAUAGCGUGCAGGUGCGCGCCAAUGCCCAAAGCGCUCCACAUCGCCUCCUAUUGGACUUGCUAACAGCUGCCAAAGAUUUGCUUGGCUACGUCAACAUUCCUAACAAGCAGGCACAAGAUUUCCGUGUUUAUGUAAAAGAGGUGGUAGAGUUGGGUGAGGGCGUGUCCUUUCUGUUGCUCCUUCCUCCAUGUGAGGAGGUGUGUUCACCCCCCGGUCAGAAUCAUCUGUGCUCACCGCGCUUAGGAUUCUUCACUCUGCCACUGCAGCUCUUUGAGUUAGUUCAUUUUGAGUCAUACAGCCCUAGUUUCAUCGCUCUGUAUUGCCGUGUAUGCGCUCUGUUGGGUCUGGAGUCUCUGAUGUCCCAGCAGUCUCUGCGGGAAGCGUUCUCCGAGUCGGAGCUCAUUGCUGCCAAACACAAACAUCAGCAGAUUGAAGAGUAUUUGCAGCAUAUGGAGGACCUGUGGCGUGAUGCCAGGUGGAUGGUAGAAGUUCUGCAAUCUGCUCGAUAUAAACAGCAGAGCUCUGGAGUGAGUCUGGGCUGGAUUAUUGACUUCUCUAAAGAGAGUAUUCCAGAAAAAACAGUUUCCACCUCCUCACAGCCUGACUACCUUCCUUCUCCAACCCCUUCACCAGAGACUACACGAAAACUCAACGAUCCCCACAGUGUGUCUGAUGAAGACAACACAUCUGAGGUCUUCCACACCACUGACAGUGAGUAUACCUCCAGUGUAUCGCAAAGCACCAGAGAACUGGACCUGCUUCCACCCUCCCCAACAUGUUUCCGAUCCGUAACGUCCACCCACCUUUCCUCCUCGUCACAAUCAUCGCCUCGCUCCUCUUUUUGCCAGCCCGAUGUCCUGCAAACCGGAGGAGGAAGUGUUGUUGGUGUGAGCAGAUGGGAGAAUACAGGACUGAACGCAUUCGAUAGUGAUUUCAUCCUUCCCAGUCGUCAAAUUGAACUGUUGCGAGUCACAGAGAAGAGAACUGCGCUGUGUGUUCGCACGAGCAGCCUGGAAUACCCGCCCCCUGUCUCAGCAGCAACCACGCCGACCAGCUCUGCCUCCCAUAAAGGCUGGACACGCCCUUCCUCAUUCGAUCUGUGCUUUUCAGCUCACGAGCCCCGCCCCACGCCUGUACGCACCCUAUCAGAGGACAGUGGCGUGCAGCGACUCUCGGCCCACUCGACUGGUUCACCUCUGAGAACGUGCCACAGCACGCUGAAGGUUUACCCACAAUACCAGACUGGGCUACCCAAAGACACCAGUGUCAGACUACGUGUGACUACAGAGACAUCGGCGAAAGAGAUGGUUCGUUUAGUAGUCCAGGAAAUCAACGUGGUUUGUCGCCACCUGCAGAAAGCCACCCAGCAGUGCACAUGUACGCCCAAACAAUGCGACUACCCAACGUGUGUGUCCGAGGUGUGUGUGUACGAAACCGAGCAGCUGGAGCACUUCGGGCUCGUUCUGUUGGUGGAGGGGAGAGAGAAAUGGCUUCGGGAUGAUUUCUGUCCGCUCACACUACAGAAUCCCUGGACUCGUGGGAAACUCUGCGUCCGCUUCAAAGAGUACUCGCCACUCGCGCUGCAGUACAGCCGAGCCACUACUGUUUGACACAAAUGCACAGUUACGAUCAUUGAAACUAUCACACGUGUACAUAAACACACUCUUACACACAAGCUAAGUGUAUCGACUACUGACUUUUGGUGUUUUCCUUGUUGCUUAGUUUCAGCUCACAAGGUCUUACCAUGGGUUUACUAGAACCAUACAGGUGUACUGUUCUUAGUAUAGAUCUGCUCUGUUUAUCACUGCUUUUAACUGCACUGCACAAGCUUUGAUUCUUAAAGGUAUAGUUCACCUCAAAUACAAAUUCUGAGGCUAUCAUUCUGCCUAACAUCUCCUUUUGUGUUCCACAGAAGAAAGAAAGUCAUACAGGUUUGGAACACCAUGAGGGUGAGUAAAUAAUAGCAGAGUUUUACAUUUUGGGUGGAUUAUCCCUUUUAAAAGAUUACAUAAGAUGCCUUGCAUCACCCUGCACUACCAGUAAGUGUUUACAAGGGUGACAUACACACUACAAAGUUUUAGGAGUGACAACCACAUUUGAAUCAAGUAAAUUAUCAUUUGAGUUUGUACAGAAUACUGGAAUCACUUCCGAAAUUUCAGUAGAUAUUUUUGACCAAAGUGAUAUUAACGUCCAGCAGUUUUUAGUAAACUGUCAUAAACAGAGGUGCCAUGUUUUGUUUAUGCUCAUUAGGGGCCGCUCACACAAAAUGUAUCCUUGUGUUUUUAAAAAAACUAGACAGAACGCAGUGGAAUAAAACAAAACACAUGUGUCGGGGCCUGGGUAGCUCAGUGGUAAAAGACGCUGGCUACCACUCCUGGAGUUCGCUAGUUAGAAUCCCAGGUCGUGCUGAGUGACUCCAGCCAGGUCUCCUAAGCAACCAAAUUGGCCCGGUUGGUCACAUGGGGUAACCUUCACAUGGUCACUAUAAUGUGGUUUGUUCUUGGUGGGGUGUGUGGUGGGUUGAGCGUGGUUGCCGCGGUGAAUGGUGUGAAGCCUCCACACGCGCUAUGUCUCCAUGGCAACGCGCUCAACAAGCCACAUGAUAAGACGCACAGGUUGGCGGUCUCAGACACGGAGGCAGCUGGGAUUCGUCCUCCGCCACCCGGAUUGAGGCGAGUCACUACGCGACCAAGAGGACUUAAAAGUGCAUUGGGAAUUGGGCAUUCCAAAUUGGGUGAAAAAGAAAAAAAAAACUUGUUUUUAAAAACUUUUAAACAGUUUUCAACUACAAAUAUCGUCUUUAAAACGCAAUGCUAAUGCCCGGGACAAGAGUUACACAGAGCAUAACGAAAUAGAAUAAAACAUAGGUGUCUCGCAUUUUUUAAAGUUUUCAACUCGAUACAGUGUCUUAAAAACGUGACGGUAAUUCAUGGGAUACUGAAAAAAGUUCAGCUGGAGUGAUACGGAAAGGAACAAAAUGUAAGUGUCUCCAGAAUCCUUUUUUUUUUUUUAAGUUACACUGUUUUAAACUUGACAUUGUAAAUUAUAAAUGUGAUGCUAAUGCAAGAUAGAUGUUAGAUGGAGCGCAAUGGAAUGGAACAAAUCACAGGUGUCAGCGAUGUUAAAUUUGAACUCUUUUCAAAUCUAAAACCGGCACACUAAUGCACGAGACUCUGAAAAUUUAGGCAAAGUGCAUCAGAAUGGAUAAAACACGUGUUUUUUUUUAUUUUAUUUGAAUUAUCAAUUUGACAUGGCAUCUUAAAAACGUGAUGCUUAUGCACGGGACACUGAAGACAUUUAGAUGGAGCGCAACGCAAUGGAACAAUCUUUAUUUUAUUAUUUGAACAAUUGUCAACUUUAAGCGACGUCUCAAAAAUGGGACAAAAGUUACAUGGAGCGCAACGGAAUUGAAUAUAACUAACAUUUUUAAAAAUGGAACUGUUUUCAAAUUGAAACUGCGAUAACAAUGGAACACUGGAAAAAGUUACACUGAGCACAAUGGAAUUAAUCAAAAAACAGUUGUCAACAAUUUGAACUCUUUUGAAAUCUAAAAAUGGCAUGCAACGGAAUGGAAAAAACAAAGGUUUCGCAAGACUCGUUUUUUAAAAGUUACACUGUUUUCAGCUUGACACGGCAUCUUAAAAACACGAUGCUAAUGUGCAGGACACUUUAAAACAUUUGAUGGCGCACAACGGAAUGGAACAAAACGCAGGUUUUUAAAAAGUUGAACUAUUUUCAACAUGAAACGGCAUCUCACAAAUGUGACGCUAAUGCAUGGGACAAAAGUUACAUGGAGCGCAAUGGAAUGAAAUAAAAUACAGGUGUCUCGCAUUUUUAAAAGUUGAAUGUUUUCAAAUUGAAAUGGCGUCUUAAAAACGCAGCGUGAAACACAAUGGAAUGAAACAAAACACAGGUGUCAACAAUUUUUAAUUUGAACUCUUUUCACAUCUAAAAGUGGCGUGCUAAUGCACGACUCAUCUUAACUAUGUGAUGCUAAUGAAAACAGUUCGAUGGAGCGCAACAGAAUGGAACAAUAGUUUCUUUUUUACUUGAACUAUUUUCAACUUAAAAUGGCAUCUCAGUAAUGUGAUGGCAAUGCACGGGACAAAAGUUACAUGAAGCACAAUGGAAUGUAAUUAAACGCAGGUGUCACAAGACUCGUUUUUUUAAGUUGAAUUGUUUCCUAUUUGACACGCUUUCUUAAAAAUGUGAUGCUUAUGCACGGGACACUGAGAACAGUUAGAUGGAGUGCAAUGCAAUGGAACAAUAGUUUUUUUUAUAUUUGAACUAUUUUCAACUUAAAACGGCAUCUCAAAAUCUGACGCUAAUGCACGGGACAAAAGUUACACGGAGCGCAGCGAAAGAGGUAUUUCAAAUUGUUAAAAGUUUAACUGUUUUUAUCUUGACAUGGCAUCUUAAAAUUGUGACUGUAUUGUGCGGGACACAGGUGUCAACAAUUUUAAAUGUAAAUUUUUCAAAUCUAAAAACGGCGCACUAAUGCACGAGACACUGAAAAAGUUUAUCAGACAGCAACGGAAUGAAAAAAGCACCGGUGUCACACAUUUUUCUAAAAGUUGAACUGUUUUCAACUUGAUACGGCAUUUUCGGGAUGCUAAAAAAAUCGCAGUGGUGCAUGUUAAAUAGUAAAACAAUCCUGUGAACGCAUCCUGUGUGAAGAGUCUCUUUUGACCUUACAGCAUGACCCUAAAUCAUUUGUAGAAAGUGGUUGUCACUCCUGAAAAUAACUAAACUGUGUGUACAGAACAUGACUGAUCAAGAGAAAUAACAACUCUGUUUAGCUAAAGUGUGUUUUGCCAUGGAUAACAUCAGAACAAAAAAAUAUAACAGUACAAUCUUGCUUUAAAACUCUUUCGUAGUAAUGUGUGUCACUUUAAUAUGACUAACUGAAUAAUUGUAAUGUACCAGAAGAUGUAAAUUCAGCCUUGUUUACUUGUUGACAAAAGCUCUUCCAGAAGUAUUCACAAGUGAAAUGUUUACAGACAGAUGGUGGUUUGAUAUCACCACACAAACAUUAUGUCCUGAUGUUUUUGUAUGUGGUCAAUACUGCGGUUAUGUGCACUGCAGUGUCCACUGUUCCUCGGGAUACUGCAAUACCCUUCCCAAAUUUCCAUACAGACACAGAUUGUGAAGGACUCAUUGGGAUACUCUUGACGCCGUGGCGUAACCAGGUGCGACUUCACCAUUUUUCCAUCCACACUGAAAGUGAAGCAAAGCAAAGUGUGAAGCGAAGUCACGACCAGUCGGAUCAUACUUGACGUUGAAUAUACAGCUAUGUGGAGCGGAAUUUCGGACCAUUACUAUUUUGCAGUGGGCGGAGCUACUCAGAAUGCCAAAAUGCCUUGUCGCCUAUCUUGGUUAUGUCUGGUUAGGACAAAAAAACUCUAAAUAGUAUGAAAACGAUUCAUGUUUUAUCACGUUAUCAAGUCAUGUCUAGUUAGGACUGAAGUGUGUGAAAUACACUGAAUUACUGAAAUGUAUUAUAUUUCUAACAAAUGCACUUGAAAAUAAUUCUACACUGAAAAUACAAGAAGAACAGAAGCUAUUUCCAAAUGAAAGUGUCGUUUUUGAUCAUGUACUGUAUGUAAAGGAAAGAACAGACUCAACAGAAAUAUCAACACUGUUUCUGCAGGGCUGGACUUCUGUCGUGUGGUUUCGCAGACGGACUGUUCAAGUUUCUAAAGACUUCAUUUGUUGAUCUGUGUUUGAGCAGCGAGUAAAGCGUUUAAUUUUUGCUGUGAGCGAGCCGUUUGAUCUUGUUACAGUGCUAUGAAGAUUAUUAUCGAUAUUGUGUUUACUGUCUACAUUUCACGACUGAUGGACACACACACUGGUGUACAGUAAAUGUUUGCUGAACUUUUUGUAUGUUACACCGUAGCUCAGAAGCAAAGCAUUCUUCAAAAAACACACUUGGACAUAGUGGCUCUCAUGUACGAAGUCAUGUACAAAUACAAACUCAGAA